UUACAUAGAGUAUUGGAGGGUCUGUGCGCCAGUCGGGUCUGUGCGCUAAGCCCCGCGUUAAAUCUCAUAACACACAAACAGAGUGUUUAAAUGGCGGGCCGUAGUUCAAAUUUUCCCGCCAGUACCGUUCCAGUGUUGUGUUUGCGCCAGGGAGAGAGAGGCAGUGCGUCUUCCGCUAUACUGAGCCCUUGCUGAAAUGGCAUCAACACAGCGGUACAAACAAGAACAAGUGGAGAAAGCUGUGGAGCUGGUAAGAUCUAAACAGAUGUCCCUGAAUGCCGCCUCCAAAACUUUUGGUAUCCCUUACGCCACCCUUGGGGAUAAGGUCAGGGGAAGAAGACCUAUGCAGCCUGCUCCCAAAACAGUUCUGUCAAUGGAAGAGGAGAAGAAGCUAGUAGAUUGGCUGAUUGAAGUGUCUAAACGAGGUUUUGGACGGACCAAAGACGACCUCAAAGACAUGGUGAAAACCAUUCUCGAUGAUAGGGAAGAGAGGACUGUCUUCAAAAACAACCGCCCUGGAAAGGAUUGGAUGCGAGCCUUUUUCAAGAGGCAUCCAGAGAUACGGGAAAGAAUUGGACAACCACUUGGCCGUGAGAGAGCAAUUGUGACAAAGGAUGCUCUAGGUGAAUGGUUUCAGCAAAUGAAACAUUACCUGGACACCAUCGAUCCCACUUUGUUGACCUCUCCUGACCGGAUCUUUAAUGCUGAUGAAAGUGGUUUUAAUAUAUGUCCAAAGACAAAGAAAAUCAUCAGCAUGACAGGAGCAAAACACGUCUACUCUGUCACAAGUGGCAAACGGCAGCAAGUGACAAUGUUGGCCUGCUCCUCUGCCAUGGGGCAGUACCUUCCACCGCUGCUGAUCUUUCCCUACACCAGAGAUCCUCGCUUCAAUGCGUUGGAAGGUUUUGAAGAGGCUUUUUUUCAAAAAACUCCAAAUGGUUGGAUCACUGAGGUGGUCUUUCUUAGCUUUCUGAGGGACAUUUUCAUUCCCAAAUUGGGAGAAAAGCGACCAGUGGUGCUGUUUGUGGACGGCCAUUCCAGCCAUCAUUCCUGGCAAUCUGCACGCUGUGUAACGAGAAUGGUGUCAUCCUUUACUGCCUGAAGGCGCAUGCCAGUCACCUUAUCCAGCCACUGGAUCAAGCUUUCUUUGGGGCAAUCAAACUAGCAUGGAGUGAAGCCGUCAGAAAGUUUCAGUACCAAACUGGAGAGAGUGUCACCAUGUGCACGUUUGCCCGCACACUAAAGAAAGCUUGGGACACUACAGCACGACCAGAGCUUGCUUACAAGGGAUUUGUUAAGUCUGGGAUCUAUCCUUUUAACCCUGAGGUUGUACUCAACUCAGACAAGCUGAAGCCAAGCUGCAGUUUCUCCAGCGCUGCUCCAGUCACUCUCCCUACCUCAGCAUCUUUUGGCAUCACUGCUCUUCCCGCAUGUACCCCAACAAUCUCAACCUCUGUUCCUUCUGCUUCACCAGCAGCCAAAUCCAAGUUCCCUGGGCCAGAACAAAGAACUCCCACUCUCUCAGCAUUCUCCAACAUUUUUGAGCUGAUGAAGCUGAGCCUGUCAUUAGGGGAAGGAACAACUCUAAAAUUCAUGAAGCGGCACGAGGAGCGAUACGACAUGGAUGACCCACCCUAUGAAGACUGGAAGGUGUUGUUGGAGAAAACCUUACAGCCUGCCUCACAGUCCCUGCCUUCCACAUCCCAGCCUGCCUCACAACCCCUGCCUUCCACAUACCAGGCUGCCUCACAAACCCUGCCUUCCACAUCCCAGCCUGCCUCACAACCCCUGCUUUACACAUCCCAGGCUGCCUCACAAACCCUGCCUUCCACAUCCCAGCCUGCCUCACAACCCCUGCUUUACACAUCCCAGGCUGCCUCACAACCCCUGCCUUCCACAUCCCAGCCUGCCUCACAACCCCUGCCUUACACAUCCCAGCCUGCCUCACAACCCUUGCCUUCCACAUCCCAGCCUGCUCCACAACCCCUGCCUUACACAUCCCAGCCUGCUCCACAACCUCUGCCUUCUACAAAGAAAAAUUCCAAAACGAUUGAUGAUUACCUCACGCUGCCCUCAUUCCCGAAGAAAAAAGGAUUAAAAAAGAUCAUCGCAGUAUUGCCAUGCUCAAUAAGCGGUGUUGAGUACCGGCAAAUGAUUGAAGAGAAACAGAGAAAGAAACGAGAGGAGGAGAGGGAGAAAAUGGAAAGAAAAAGAAAGAGAGAAGAGAGAAAAAAAAUUAUAGAACAAGAAGCUGAAGCAAAGAGAAAGAGAAUGGAGGAAAAGAAAAGGCAGAAGGAAAACAACAGGAAAGAAAAAGAAAAGAGAAAAAGGAAAGAAAAACGAUUCAGGACACUUCAGUAUGUUUCCCAAAAGCAGAAAGACAAGGAAACAGAAACUUCAGAGAGUGCGGAUGAGCCAGUCUUGGACGAUGACUCGGAUGAUGUAAUUGAUGAUAUGAACGAGCUCUGUGGAAAAUGUCAAUGUGAAACAAAAGGAAAGUUAAGGAUAAAAUGUGUAUUGUGUGACAGCUGGUGGCAUGCAGAAUGUCUGAGUGAGAUGAAUUUGAGUGAAAAGUCUCAGGAGGACAUUGAUACAAUGGAUACUGAGUUUUUUGUAAUAAAUGUAAUUAGGCUAUUUUGAUACUGUUGAAUGAUUUUUUUCACGGAGUAUUCUUAAGAUUUUCGUUUCGAUUUCUGAAAGGCAUUUAUUUGUUAUUUUGACACUGUUAAAUGAAACAUUUCACGGAAUAUUCUUAAGAUUUUCGUUUUUAACUCUGAGACAUUUAUUUGUUAUUUUGAUACUGGUAAAUGAAACUUUUCCCGGAGUAUUGUUAAGAUUUUUGUUUUGAACUCUGUGGGACAUUUAUUUGUUUAUGAUAUUCAUAACUAAAGCACAGUUUUUAUGUUUGUCAAUACACUAU